CUAGGCACAUUCAAGUCUGACGAUGGGGACUAUUUCGUAGAGCCGCUGCUAUCACUUGAAGAACAGGAGUAUGAGGAAGAGCACAAUAAGCCACAUCUUGUCUACCGACACCGGACACCUCCAACCAACUCUUCAGGGGACAGGCAGACUUGCGAUACUCCAGAUCAUGAACACAGUCACAAAAAGAACAAGCGGAAACACUGGAGAAGACAGUGGGCAGAAAGCAGCAUAUUAUCUGACGUGGAGAUGUUGAAACACAGCCUGGAAGCGAAUUCUUUUCCUGGGGAUAGCAACAAGACUGCGGCCAUGAGUGAAAAGAAGAGCCACAAGCGAACGAAGCGGUUCCUCUCCUACCCUCGGUUUGUGGAGGUGAUGGUGGUGGCUGACAGCAGGAUGGUUGCCUACCAUGGAGCUAACCUACAGCACUAUGUCUUAACGCUGAUGUCAAUAGUGGCUUCCAUCUACAAAGACCCAAGCAUUGGAAAUUUAAUUAAUAUUGUCAUUGUGAAAUUGGUCGUGAUACAUAAUGAGCAGGAUGGUCCUGCAAUAUCUUACAAUGCCCAGACAACAUUAAAAAACUUCUGCCAAUGGCAGCAAUCCCAGAACCACCCUGAAGGAAGUCACCUUCAGCAUGAUACAGCUGUUCUUGUUACCAGACAGGAUAUUUGUAGAGCGCACGACAAAUGUGAUACUCUGGGUCUGGCAGAGCUGGGCACAGUCUGUGACCCAUACAGGAGCUGUUCAAUUAGUGAAGAUAAUGGACUGAGCACAGCUUUCACAAUAGCACAUGAACUUGGCCAUGUAUUUAACAUGCCACAUGAUGACAAUCAUAAGUGCAAGGAAGAUGGAGGUAAAAAUCAACAGCAUGUCAUGGCACCAACACUGAACUUCUACACCAAUCCCUGGAUGUGGUCAAAAUGCAGUAGGAAAUACAUCACUGAAUUUCUGGACACUGGUUAUGGGGAGUGUUUGCUUGAUGAACCUUCAUCAAGAACUUACACAUUGCCUCAGCAGCUCCCAGGGCUGAUUUAUGACGUCAACAAACAAUGUGAGUUAAUUUUUGGACCUGGAUCUCAAGUGUGCCCCUAUAUGAUGCAGUGUCGGCGACUGUGGUGUAUCAACAUUGAUGGUGCUCACAAGGGAUGUCGAACCCAACACACACCUUGGGCUGAUGGGACAGAAUGUGAGCCUGGGAAGCAUUGCCGGUUUGGGAUGUGUGUGCCCAAGGAGCGAGAGGCACUGGUGAUAGAUGGAGCAUGGGGGACCUGGAGCCCUUUUGGGACCUGCUCAAGAACCUGUGGGGGUGGCAUAAAGACGGCGAUACGAGAAUGCAACAGGCCUGAGCCUAAAAACGGAGGGAAGUACUGUGUGGGUCGUCGCAUGAAGUUUAAAUCCUGCAACACCGAACCGUGCUCGAAGCUGAAGAAGGAUUUCCGGGAUGAGCAGUGUGCCGACUUCGACGGAAAGCACUUUAACAUCAACGGGCUGCCCACGAAUGUGCGCUGGGUUCCCAAAUACAGCGGCAUCCUGAUGAAGGAUCGGUGCAAGUUGUUUUGCCGCGUGGCAGGAAACACGGCGUAUUACCAGCUGCGGGAUCGCGUCAUCGACGGGACGCCCUGCAGCCCCGACACCAACGACAUCUGUGUGCAGGGCCUGUGCCGGCAAGCUGGAUGCGAUCAUGUGCUGAAUUCAAAAGCAAGAAGAGAUAAAUGUGGUGUUUGUGGUGGAGAUAAUUCUUCAUGCAAAACUGUUGCAGGCACAUUUAACACGGUGCAUUAUGGCUAUAACGUUGUGGUUCGCAUCCCAGCUGGUGCAACCAAUAUUGAUGUGCGUCAGCACAGUUACUCAGGGAAACCAGAGGAUGACAACUACCUGGCCUUAUCUAACAGUCAAGGAGACUUUAUAUUAAAUGGAGACUUUGUCGUCAGUAUGUUUAAAAGGGAAAUCAAAGUUGGGAAUGCUGUGAUCGAAUACAGUGGAUCGGAUAAUACAAUUGAAAGGAUUAAUUCCACAGAUCGGAUUGAGCAAGAAAUAACCCUUCAGGUUUUAUCAGUGGGAAAUUUGUACAAUCCUGACGUUCGUUACACAUUUAAUAUCCCCAUUGAGGACAAACCUCAGCAGUUUUACUGGAAUGUGUAUGGCCCAUGGCAGCCCUGCAGUAAGCUCUGCCAAGGAGAACGAAAAAGGAAACCUGUGUGUACGAGAGAGUCGGAUCAGCUCACGGUGUCGGACCAGCGAUGCGAUCGAAUUCCCCAGCCUGACCCCAUCACUGAGCCUUGUAGCACAGAAUGUGAAUUAAGGUGGCACAUCGCGAGGAAGAGCGAGUGCACGGCGCAGUGUGGGCUGGGGUACCGCACCUUGGAGAUCUACUGCUCCAAGUACAGCAGACUGGAGGGCAAGAUAGAGAAGGUCGACGACCGUUUCUGCAGCAGCCAGCCCAAGCCCAGCACGAGGGAGAAGUGCACUGGAGACUGUAACGUGGGAGGGUGGCGAUACUCAGCCUGGACCGAGUGCUCCAAGAGCUGCGGUGGGGGCAUGCGGCGGCGCCGAGCCAUGUGUGUGAACACCUACAAUGAUGUCCUGGAUGACAGCAAGUGCAGUCAGCAGGAGAAGCUGACAGUGCAGCGAUGCAGUGACUUCUCAUGCCCCCAGUGGAAAACUGGUGACUGGUCUGAGUGCUUGGUCACCUGUGGAAAAGGGCACAAACACCGUCAGACCUGGUGCCAGUUUGGAGAAGAUCGAUUAAACGACAGGUUUUGUGAUCCCGAGACAAAGCCAGAGUCGGUGCAGACGUGCCAGCAGCAGGAGUGUGCUUCGUGGCAAGUGGGGCCAUGGGGCCAGUGCACUGUGACUUGUGGCCAAGGCUACCAGAUGAGAGCGGUGAAGUGUGUCGUGGGCACCUACGUGUCAGUGGUGGAUGACAACGAGUGUAAUGCUGCAACCAGGCCAACAGAUACCCAGGACUGUGAAAUAGCUGUAUGUCCUCCCCAUCCAAAUAGUCCUGAAGCCAAGAGAUCCAUAUCGGGCGUUCACAGGACGCAGUGGAGGUUUGGAUCCUGGACACCAUGCUCCGCGACGUGCGGGAAGGGUACCCGGAUGAGAUACGUCAGCUGUCGGGAUGACCAGGGCUCGGUGGCCGACGAGUCAGCUUGUUUCCACCUCCCAAAGCCAUCAGCCACAGAAAUGUGCACCGUGACGCCGUGCGGGCAGUGGAAAGCCUUGGAGUGGAGCUCUUGCUCAGUGACUUGUGGUCAAGGUAAGGCAACGCGACAAGUGAUCUGCAUCAAUUACAGUGACCAGCUGGUGGACAGGAGCGAGUGUGACCCAGACGACCUGCCUGCCACCGAGCAAGACUGCUCCAUGUCUCCUUGUCAUCCAAACAGCCACGACUACGGCAGGCCCAUCCACCCUUUCCUCUAUCCGGAUCAUCGCCUGAAACUGCACCCUGGGGGCAGCCCAAACCGAAACCGUGCGCAUAUACCGGGAGGCAAUCAGUGGAGGAUUGGCCCCUGGGGUGCUUGCUCUAGCACAUGUGCAGGGGGGUUCCAGCGGCGGGUCGUGGUGUGCCAGGAUGAAAAUGGAUACACUGCAAAUAACUGCGAUGAGAAAAGCAAACCCAUGGAGCAGAGAUCAUGUGAAUCUGGCCCUUGUCCUCAGUGGGCUUAUGGCAACUGGGGAGAGUGCACGAAGCCAUGUGGGGCAGGGACAAGAACACGGCUGGUGGUGUGCCAGCGUCCCAAUGGAGAAAGGUUUACGGAUCUGAGCUGUGAAAUCCUUGACAAACCCCCGGACAGAGAGCAGUGCAAUGUGCAGGACUGUCCUAGAGAUGCUGCCUGGAGCGCUGGUCCUUGGAGCUCGUGUUCUGUCUCCUGUGGAAGGGGCCAAAAGCACCGCAGUGUGUACUGCUUGUCAAAGGAAGGGAGGCAUGUAGAAGAAGAGUUUUGCAAACACCUUGCUAAGCCCAACAUGCAAAAGAAAUGCAGAGGGGGCAGAUGUCCGAAGUGGAAAGCAGGAGAUUGGGGACAGUGCUCUGUGUCCUGCGGCCGAGGUGUCCAGCGCCGCACCGUGCACUGCCACAGCGGCACCGCGAAGGCAGCCAAGGAGGACGAGUGUGACCCAGCCAGCCGUCCCCCUCUGCAGAGGGACUGUCACCUCCCUGCCUGCCCCACGCAUCGCUGGGCAGCUGGGGAAUGGCAGGAGUGCACGAAGACGUGCGGGGAGGCGUCACGGUACCGCAAGGUGGUCUGUGUGGAUGAGAAUGAGCAGCUCCAGAACAGUGGGUACUGCGACGCCAGCAAACGCCCUCCCGAGAUCGAGAGCUGUGUCCUGCCGCCCUGCGAGUACAUCUGGAUCACGGGAGAGUGGUCAGAGUGCUCAGUCACCUGCGGGAAGGGAUACAGGCAGCGCCUCGUGUCCUGCAGCGAGAUUUACACCGGGAAGGACCACUAUGAGUACGGGUACCAGAACAUGGUUAACUGUCCUGGCACACAGCCACCCAACAUCCAGCCCUGCUACCUCGGGGAGUGCCCAGUCUCAGCGUCCUGGCGCGUCGGCAACUGGGGAAGCUGCUCUGUCACCUGUGGAGUUGGGGUCAUGCACCGGUCGGUGCAGUGUUUGACGAACGAUGACCAGGUCAGCAGCUUGUGCCAUGCAGAUCUGAAACCUGAAGAGAGGAGAACAUGCCACAAUGUCCAUGACUGUGAAUUACCAAGGAGUUGCAAAGAUGUUAAAAAUCUCAAAGGUGUCACUGAAGAUGGUGAAUAUUUCCUGCAAGUCAAAGGAAAGACGUUAAAGGUGUAUUGCUCUGGAAUGGAGACUGACAGCCCAAAGGAGUUUGUGACCCUUGUAAAUGGGGAUGCAGAGAAUUUUUCAGAGGUGUAUGGAUACAGAUUGCAUAACCCGACUGAGUGCCCAUAUAACGGGAGCAGAAGAGAAGACUGCCCAUGUAGGAAAGACUACACAGCAGCUGGGUUUUCCACCUUCAGCAAAGUAAGGCUGGACCUGAACACUAUGCAAAUAAUAACGACUGAUUUACAGUUUGCACGGACACAUGAUGGACGACCUGUUCCUUAUGCCACUGCUGGGGACUGCUACAGUGCUGCCAAGUGCCCACAGGGUCGCUUCAGCAUAGACCUGUACGGGACAGGCCUGUCCCUAGUGGGAACAGCCAAGUGGCUCUCACAAGGGAAUUACGCUGUGUCGGAAAUUCAAAAAUCCCCAGAUGGUACCAAAGUAGUAGGAAAAUGUGGCGGUUACUGUGGGAAGUGUACUCCAUCCUCUGGAACAGGCCUCGAUGUUCAGGUGUUAUAG